AUACCGCCUUCCUUUCCGCCGACUGUGUGUACUCGAGUUUCGAGCUUCUUAAAACCGCAUGAGGGAGCAGGAAGAUGUCCUCCGCGGACGUCAACGAUUUUAUCCGGCAAAACCGUGCCGUGGCCGACCAAGUGGAGACGUUCCGGGGACACUGGGAGAGCGACAAGCAUUGGGUGCCCAGGAGGGAAUUCAUACUGCGGAAUAUGAGCGAGUUCGAGAGCGAGCUGCAAAUGGACCAGCUGCUUUCGCUGUCGAUGGUGUGGGCCAACAACGUAUUCCUCGGCUGCCGGUAUAGCACAGAGCUCCUGGACAAAGUGAAGGAAAUGGCCGAGGGCAUUGAGGUGGAGGACGCACCCGUCUUCAAGACAAGAGAUGAGAUCAUAAAGCAGCAGCAGGGCAGAUGAUGGAUUCCUCUUCUUACUCUUGGGAAUAUACAGGCUGUGCUUGUGUGACCACGUUUAUGUGCAUUCUCAUCAAUAGACUUUUUUUUUUUAAUGAAUCAAUGUAUGAUGUCAGCAAUGUGGGCGUUUUACAGUGUUUUAUAGUGUCAUUUUUAAAUAAAUGAAAGAUGAUUCA